AUGUCGUCUACUGCUGUCCCCAAGCGCGUUGCGCUUCACCGCAACCCCGCCACCGAGUCCUCCGCGGCCAGCUCGGUCUCGGCUUCACCUUUCGACAGCCCGCGCCAGUCGCCCUCGUCGACCUCUCUGUCGUCCAUGGCCUCGGACGCGGAGGCUAGCAAGAUGCUGGACACAUAUGGCAACGAGUUCAAGAUCCCCGACUAUACCAUCAAGCAGAUCCGCGAUGCCAUCCCCGCUCAUUGCUUCCACCGCUCCGCUGCCACCAGUAUGUACUAUGUCUUCCGGGACAUGGCCAUCCUGGCCUCGGUCUUUUACCUCUUCCACAACUAUGUCACUCCCCAGACUGUUCCCUUCCUCCCGGCCCGCGUCGCCCUUUGGACCGUGUACACCAUUGUGCAGGGUCUCGUCGGCACCGGCGUGUGGGUUCUCGCCCACGAGUGCGGCCACCAGGCCUUCUCUCCCUCCAAGGUCCUGAACGACACCGUCGGUUGGAUCUGCCACUCUCUCCUGCUGGUCCCUUACUUCUCGUGGAAGAUCUCCCACGGAAAGCACCACAAGGCCACUGGUAACCUCGCCCGUGACAUGGUCUUCGUUCCCAAGACCCGUGAGCAGUAUGCCACCCGCGUCGGCAAGACCCUGCACGAGCUCGGCGAGCUUAUGGAGGAGACCCCUAUCCUGACUGCCUCCAACCUGUUGCUCCAGCAGCUGUUCGGCUGGCCCAUGUACCUCCUCAUCAACGUUACCGGCCACAACAACCACGCCAAGCAGCCCGAGGGCCGCGGUAAAGGCAAGGCUAACGGCUGGGGCGGUGGUGUCAACCACUUCAGCCCUGCCUCCCCUCUGUACGAGGCUAAGGACGCCAAGCUGAUUGCCCUGAGUGACCUCGGUCUCUUCCUCACCGGCACUGCUCUGUACUUCAUCGGCAGCAACUUCGGCUGGCUCAACCUGCUGGUUUGGUACGGUAUCCCAUACCUGUGGGUUAACCACUGGCUCGUGGCCAUCACCUUCCUCCAGCACACCGACCCCUCCCUCCCCCACUACCAACCCGAAGUCUGGAACUUCGCCCGCGGCGCCGCUGCAACCAUCGACCGUGACUUCGGCUUCGUCGGCCGCCACAUCUUCCACGGCAUCAUUGAGACCCACGUGCUGCAUCAUUACGUCAGCAACAUCCCCUUCUACAACGCCGACGAGGCCAGCGACGCCAUCAAGGAAGUCAUGGGCAGCCACUACCGCACCGAAGCCCACACCGGCUGGACUGGCUUCUUCAAGGCCCUCUGGACCUCUGCCCGCGUCUGCCACUUCGUCGAGCCUACCGAGGGUGCCACUGGCGAGAGCCAGGGUGUGCUCUUCUACCGUAACACCAACGGUAUCGGUAUUCCUCCUACCAAGAUGGCUGCCAAGGCUCAAUAG